AUGGCACAAGAACUAAAGCUCUUUGAGAAUAACACUGAAGAUUUAUUCUAUCUUCUUCCAGCCUCUGAUCUGCUGCUGAACAGGAAGGAGAGAAGAAGGCACAGCUUGAACAGGAACUUUGUGGGUGAUUACCUGGGUAUGGAUGACCGGCCUGAGCUCAGGCAGUUUGUGGGCAAGAGGGAGAAGAUUGAUUUUGCAGACAAAGUCAAUAAAUUUGACAGGCGGUUUAAGAGCAUCAAGAGAGACCUGAUCCUCACCCCUAGAUCUGUCUACCUGAUUGGAAGAGAAAAGGUGAAGCAAGGGGCAGAGAAAGGGCUUGUGAAAGAGGUCCUGAAGCGCAAAGUUGACGUAGAGAAGAUUUUGGCUGUUUCUUUCAGCACAAUGCAGGAUGACUUCAUGAUCCUGCACGAGGACGAGUAUGACAGCCUGCUGGAGUGUGUAUUCAAGACUGAGUUCAUCAGUUUACUGGCACGCAGAUACGAAGAGAGAACGCAAAAGAAACUACCUCUCAAAUUUAGCACCACGCUAGAAAUGAAACUAAAGAAAGAUGGAUGGGGACCCUGGAAUGCUGGAGGAUCCAGACAGGUGCAGUUCAUCCAAGGUCAAGGGGACGUAGCAGUGCUGCGACCCUCAAACAAAAUGCUGCAGGUCAGCAUUGGACCGGGUUUGUCCAAAAACUCACGUCCUACUAAGCAGGGCGUCACUCAAAGCCGCCCCAACACAUCCAGGACACACCACCACACCCCAACACGAGUCGCACCUGGCCCUCCAGUUGCUCACCAAAAUGGAGGGCUGAAGAAUGCAAAUCACACUGCCAAUCAGAGGAACUCGCAACAUCACAGCAAUCAGAGGCCGACAUCAGGAAACACGGCCCGUCCGUUCCUGCCUACUAAUGUCAGUCAGCUCAAGGACAGAGGCAGCAGACAGGCACCCCAGCAACCCAACAUGGAUUUCCUCAAAGUACCAGACCAAGGGGCUGCAGGCAGAAAUCAUCAACCAUCUGGCAAUGGAGGAAUGGCCCACAGACAGUCCACCAACAGGCCUUCUCCAGGAGGUGGUCGGCCCAAACCGGCCCCCAAGCCGAAGCCCCAAGUGCCUCAAUGUAAAGCCCUUUAUGCAUACGACGCCCAAGACACAGAUGAGCUCAGUUUCAAUGCAGAUGACAUCAUUGACAUCAUUAAGGAAGACGCCUCUGGGUGGUGGACAGGGAGACUGAGAGGUAAACAAGGUCUUUUCCCAAACAACUAUGUGACAAAGAUCUAACCUCUUCUGCUGUUGAUGAGGCGACCAGAACCUCAGCAAACUUGUUCCAAGAAGGAUAAGGACAAAGAAAGGAGGGGAAAUGGAGAUAAUGAAGGAACGAGCGAGGUGUGCUGCUGUGGCUGAACUCCUCAUAAGCUUUGCGUUGUGUUGCCACGGACAUUUGAGGCCAUGCGGGCAGACGCCGACCGGACAUGAAAGUUUUCUCCAGGGCGCUGAAUACUGAGCUCUCCCUGUGAGCACUGAUCAAAACUAUUUAUUGUAUUUAUAUUACAGCAUUCUACAGUUUAUUUCUGAUGUGGUUUGUUCAUCUUUCAUUGAUAUUUAAGGUGAUCUUAAUUCACUUAGAGAUGAAGUAGCCAUUUUAUGUGGGAACAGGCUUUUUUAUUUUGCUUUUGAAAUGGAUAGAUUUUAUAUGUAAAUUAAGGGGCUUGGCUUUAGAGUCACCUGCUGUUUGUGAUUUAUAUAUUUUUUUUCCAAUCUCUUGAAGUCAUGUCCGAAUCAAUGGUUUUAGUGGGAAAUGUUUUGCUGCUAAGGAACGUUUUACCAUGUUAUUGCCUUUCAUAUUGUAGUUAAGAGAAACCCAAAUGUUUAAACUGCACUACAGCUCUUGAAAACCAUGGAUUGUACUAUGCUUUUGAUGUUACGUUCAUAAUCUUAUAACAAUGCUGAAUGUAUCAUUGUUCAAAAGAUUCCAACAGUUUAAAUUUAAACUGCAGUGGGAUUUCCAUGCAUUAUUUGGAAAACCCACACUCACCACAUAUGUCACUGUAUAGAUACGAAGCACUUUAUGAGGACAAUAUCAUAUAAAUGUACUGGUCAGGUCAUCGACACCAAUCGUCAAGGUGCUAGCCAGUGAAGAGAUGAAUCAGGGGCUGGAUCUACUAAAAUUUCUUAAAGGGA